CUUGCCUCGGGUCCUUCCAUAUUGGAUGUGAAGUGUAGUCGACAUCGAGAUCUCCUGCCGCAUCAGUGAAUACGCGCUUGUAAAACUACUGCGAAAGUUGCUGGCUCUGGCGGAUCGGCAACGGUAUUGCUGUCAGCGAUGCAAUGAAAAUCAACGCCGACUCUGGUGUGAUCGUGAUCGCAACGUUAUUAUACAUGAGAUGAUCAACUUAGCGCCACUAUGUCGUUCUAUGCUCUAGGCUCUAAUGGCGCAGGCCAACUAUGCCUAGGCCACAUCCAGGACCUUUCCGUUCCGACACUUUUCCCGGCACACUCAAGAACUCCCAUCAAGCAAAUCGCAUGUGGCGGAAAUCACACGAUCCUUCUCUACGCCUCCGGAACAACAGAAGGCUACGGCGAUAAUGCUCAAGCACAAUGUGGUUAUCCAACUUCGUUUGAAGCUCUAGACAAGAUCAAAGGUGGACAUCCGCUCUUCGUCCAGCAUAGCGCUGACGAAGUCCGGCAGAGACUGCACGUGAAGCAGGUAAGCGCGACGUGGAAAGCGAGCAUCUGUCUCUGCUCCGAUGGACGAGUGAAGGUUUGUGGUGAGGGAUUGCAUGGGGAGCUGGGGUUGGGAGAGGGUAGGACCGACUCAUUGAAUCCUUGUGCCAUUGAAGAGUUUCCGCCUAUGGGAACGGAAGUGGUGCAGAUUGCGUCAGGUAUGGCGCAUACUGUUGCUGUAAUGUCUAAUGGCGACGUCUGGGGAUGGGGUAAAGGUGGGCAAGGUCAGUUGGGUGAGCCGGCUAAGGAUGUGUGGUCGCCAAGGAAGAUCGAAGGAUUGCCUUUCGGAGUGGCGAAAGCGGUCUGCGGUAAGGACUUUACCUUUGUAGUGGGCACUCGAGCGUCAGGCAAGCUGCGAGUCAUUGGCUUAAACAAGCGUGAUCGCUUCGGGCUGAAAACAAACCUGCCGUCUGCAGUGUCAGGCUGGAAAGACAUCGCGGCGUCGUGGGGUAGUGUGUUCAUUCUGGGCGAGCAUGGCAAGCUACGCGGCUUUGGCAGAGAUGAUCAUGGUCAGCUCCCGCCGUCAGACCUCCCAUUCGUCGAAGCCAUUGCCGCUGGUAGCGAGCAUUGCCUGGCACUGACUAAAGGUGGCAAAGUAUUAGCUUGGGGGUGGGGGGAACAUGGCAAUUGCGGAGAGCCUACCGAUGAGCGAGGCGACGUCAGCGGUCACUUCAAUGUGCUGGACGUGUUGGAGCCCAUAGGAGGCCUGUUUGCUGGUUGCGCCACAAGCUUCAUCACAACGCAUGAUGCCGAGUUGCAGAGCGGCAGAUAUGGAUGAGCUGAACCAGUACUCACAUGUUCAAUCGAACAUACCGUGGAGCUGAAAAAAGUCAGCGAUAUUGUACUUCACAAGUACGGCGCGGCUGACUCACCUGCGACAGCCGUUGUGUCGGCUCCAGCCCAACCUGACUGGCAGAUGUUGUCACACUGGACCGC